GCGCGCUGGGUUCGGUUAGUCCUCCAUCUUGGCUGUGGCUAGCAGAGCGGCUAGCAGAGAGUCUCUCCGGAGAGGAUGAGGAGACGCUGAUGGAACCGAACUGCUGCUGAGCUGACGGAACCGGGACUGUCUCUCUGAACCGACCCGAACCAGAGACCAGCAGGCAGACCUGGGCCCGCUCUGGUCCCAGAAACACACACACACACACCCGGUCCAGCCAGGCUGCCACGGGCUAGCCGGCUAACUUAGCCAGUAAAGAGGAACUGUUACUCCGGUUCAGUUUGGAUCUAUGUCGGUUAAAAACUGCCGGAAGAGAAGCCGUGUCGAGCCGAGCCGGGCCAGAUAACCCUCUGGUCCUGUAGUCGGGACUGGAGCCAGUGAUGCCGGGUGAUAACCUGCUCAGAUAAACCCGACCUGAAGUUUAACCAGCCCGCAGACAGUCCGCUAAGUUUAGGCAGGUGUUCCGGGGCGGACAGGCGGCUUCAUGCCCGGACCUGCCUCUCACUGACCCGGGUAACAUGUCCACCAGGACCCCCCUGCCCACUGUCAACGAGCGGGACUCCGAAAAUCAUUCCUCAGUGGACGAUGGCCGUGGUCAGGCGUUGUCCCGCUCCGCUCGCUGUAAAAACUCUUCGUCCUCUGCAGACGAGACGCCCCACAUCGGAAACUACCGGCUGCUGAAAACCAUCGGGAAGGGAAACUUCGCUAAAGUCAAGCUGGCUCGACACAUCCGGACAGGACGAGAGGUGGCGAUCAAAAUCAUUGAUAAGACCCAGCUCAACCCCACCAGCCUGCAGAAGCUCUUCAGAGAGGUCAGGAUAAUGAAGAUCUUAAAUCACCCAAACAUCGUGAAGCUGUUUGAGGUGAUGGAGACAGAGAAGACUCUGUACCUGGUGAUGGAGUACGCCAGCGGAGGUGAGGUGUUUGACUACCUCGUAGCUCAUGGGAGGAUGAAGGAGAAGGAGGCCAGAGCUAAAUUUAGACAGAUUGUGUCUGCAGUUCAGUACUGCCAUCAGAAGCACAUAGUUCACCGUGACCUUAAGGCGGAGAACCUCCUCCUGGAUGCCGACAUGAAUAUUAAAAUAGCAGAUUUUGGGUUCAGUAACGAGUUCACUGUCGGUGGGAAACUGGACACUUUCUGUGGCUCUCCUCCGUACGCUGCUCCUGAACUUUUCCAGGGUAAGAAGUACGACGGUCCAGAGGUGGAUGUGUGGAGUCUGGGUGUGAUCCUCUACACUCUGGUCAGUGGAUCGCUGCCAUUUGACGGACAGAACCUGAAGGAGCUGAGAGAGCGAGUGCUGCGUGGUAAAUAUCGUAUUCCCUUCUACAUGUCGACUGACUGUGAGAACCUGCUGAAGCGUUUCCUGGUGCUGAACCCGGGGAAGCGAGGAACUCUGGAGCAAAUCAUGAAGGAUCGCUGGAUCAACGCCGGCUCCGAUGAAGAGGCGCUGAAACCCUUCAUCGAGCCGGAGCUGGACAUCAGAGACCAGAAGAGGAUCGACAUGAUGGUGGGGUUGGGUUACUCCAGAGAGGAGAUCAACGAUUCGCUCACCAAGAUGAAGUAUGAUGACAUCACAGCCACCUACCUGCUGCUGGGACGCAAGGCUGCUGAGGUGGAGGCGAGCGACUCUUCGUCCUCCAGCAGCGUCUCUCUGCUCAAACCUCGUCCGUCCAGCAGCAGUCAGUCUCCUGCUCACCUCCUCAACCAGCGCUCCUCCUCCAAGCAGAGGAGGUACAGCGACCAAGUGUGUCCGGCCUCCUCGGCUGCUCCUCACGCCAGGAGGAGUCAGACGGCAGCCUCAGCAGAGGGGGAGGUGAAGCAGGAGGUGGAGGGAGGCAGUCCGCUGUUGGGGAGCGCCAACAACCCCAACGUGGCCGACAUCCCUGAGCGGAGGAAGACGUCGGCCACGCCCACCAGCGGCUCGUCCAGCAUGUCCAGGAGGAACACGUAUGUUUGCAGCGACAGGAACUCGACAGACCGACACGCUGUCGUCCAGAACGGCAAAGAGAACAGUUCAGCCGCCACCACCCCUCAGAAGUCAGUGGGCGGAGCCUCCACCCACAGUGUCAGCAGUGGAGCGACUCCACCUGACCGCCUGCGUUUCCCUCGGGGGACGGCGAGUCGCAGCACCUUCCACGGAGGUCAGCUCAGAGAGAGACGCACCGCCACCUACAACGGCCCCCCCGCCUCGCCCAGCCUGUCACAGGAUGCCCAAUCACGAGCCAGAGGAUCCACCAACCUGUUCUCCAAACUCACCUCCAAACUCACACGCAGGUAUGCCAACGCAAGCGAGGCUGUUCUUCCUGAGUCAGAGGAUCCUGAACUUGUAUUUACCUGUUUGACUGUAGACAGGUGUGUCCCCAUGUAGACAGGUGUGGCGUGUCUCUGUGUAGACAGGUGUGGCGUGUCCCCGUGUAGACAGGUGUGGCGUGUCUCCGUUUAGACAGGUGUGGCGUGUCCCCGUGUAGACAGGUGUGGCUUGUCCCAGUUUAGACAGGUGUGGCGUGUCUCUGUGUAGACAGGUGUGGCGUGUCCCCGUGUAGACAGGUGUGGCGUGUCUCUGUGUAGACAGGUGUGGCGUGUCCCCGUGUAGACAGGUGUGGCGUGUCUCCGUUUAGACAGGUGUGGCGUGUCCCCGUGUAGACAGGUGUGGCUUGUCCCAGUUUAGACAGACGUGGCGUGUCCCCGUGUAGACAGGUGUGGCGUGUCCCCGUGUAGACAGGUGUGGCGUGUCUCCGUUUAGACAGGUGUGGCGUGUCCCCGUGUAGACAGACGUGGCGUGUCCCCGUGUAGACAGGUGUGGCGUGUCCCCAUGUAGACAGGUGUGGCGUGUCUCUGUGUAGACAGGUGUGGCGUGUCCCCGUGUAGACAGGUGUGGCGUGUCCCCGUGUAGACAGGUGUGGCGUGUCUCCGUUUAGACAGGUGUGGCGUGUCCCCGUGUAGACAGGUGUGUCUCUGUGUAGACAGGCGUGUCCCCGUGUAGACAGGCGUGUCCCCGUGUAGACAGGUGUGGCGUGUCCCUGUGUAGACAGGCGUGUCCCUGUGUAGACAGGCGUGUCCCUGUGUAGACAGGUGUGGCGUGUCCCUGUGUAGACAGGUGUGGCGUGUCCCUGUGUAGACAGGCGUGUCCCCGUGUAGACAGGCGUGUCCCUGUGUAGACAGGCGUGUCCCCGUGUAGACAGGUGUGGCGUGUCCCUGUGUAGACAGGCGUGUCCCCGUGUAGACAGGCGUGUCCCCGUGUAGACAGGUGUGGCGUGUCCCCGUGUAGACAGGCGUGUCCCGUGUAGACAGGCGUGUCUCCGUGUAGACAGGUGUGUCUCCGUGUAGACAGGUGUGGCGUGUCCCUGUGUAGACAGGCGUGUCCCCGUGUAGACAGGCGUGUCCCCGUGUAGACAGGCGUCACAGUGGCAGUUUAAUUGAAUUGUAAGUAAAAACAAACAUUUUAUCUAGUCUGAGUUUGACUUGAAUCUGGCUGCAGGACCAGGACUCUGGAGACCUGCUCCUGUCAGAAACCAGAACAUCAUCUGCUCAUUAAUACU